GUACCCACAGACGCCUAACCCGGUCUAAGGACUGCGUCAUGCCACCCUCAACGUCGCAAGUGAAGGUUAUAUAUCUCCCAGGCAUAGGAGAGACACGCGUGAUCACAUUGCCUUCGCCGAGGGAUGUGGAGGGUCAUUCAUGAAUGACACGCAUUUUUACGAUACUACUCUUCUCUGCAUUUUCUUUGGCUGGUUCCGAACUUCCGCUUCCUUAUGGUCACGUUUCACCCCUUUUUUGGUAUAUUUGCUUAUUUCAUUGGGUCUUCUGGCACAAAACACCUACUAUACGUGUAUAUUCUAAUAUCCACUGCGAUUUUUUGGGAGGCACGACUACAAGCAGACAUAAUAGAUGGAGGGCGAUGUCGUCCCCUCCGCUACAUUCCCAAUUUAUGUGUUCCUGGUUGCAGAAAGUGCGAGGUCUCCGUCACCAGGGGCAAAUGCCGCGUAACAGAGUCUUCCUGUCCCUGGUGACUACCAUACUACACCGCGGGGGGUGGAUCUCGGACCCAUCCCGGAACACGUUAUAUUACUCAUGCUGUAAAUUUGAUCACACACGUGUGCAUGUCCAGCCAAGCCUCAUGGGAGGUGGACUUGUAACGGGGUGCGGAAGAGAUAGGGGUGCGCGGGCGAAUGUCUGAAGUGGAAGCACCCUCAUUUGUAGGCCAAGAAUCUACCAUUGCUGACAUGUUGCAAGUUUCGAAUACAGACGGCGGGAAAGUUAAACUCUAUCAGAA